UCCUGUGCCUGAGUGCCGGUGGAGUAGGAUGGAUGGAUGCACGAACGUUAUUCCUCGAUCCCGUAAGCCGUAGCUACGAGCCACCACCACCACCACCACCAGUCACCGUCGGGAAAAGGAGAAGCAUCGAAUUUCCUUCAACUCAAACGCCGCCAACGCCGUCGCCGCCGCCGAAGAAGAGGUCCGAUCGACGGAAGCACCGAUUGGUUCGUCCUCCUUUUUUUACGACGCCACGCAAGGCAAGUCCGGGCUUAUACAUACACUACCGGGUUUUGCUUGUUGGUCGGAGCUAUCUAAGCUGCUCGAGCACCUUCGGAGUUUCACAGCUUCUCCGAUAUCGACAAGUUUCUUGGGCUUCGGCACUCUACCUACAGACACAGCUCAACAGAAGUCAGAUCCCGUCUCGUAGAUAACUCCGCCCCACCACCACCACUACGUGGAAAAUGUCUAUUGCCGCAGGGUUGCGCAGGGGAGCUGUUGCAUGGGCUCGAGCGAGAGCUCUGCCAACAUCUUCAUCGGUCCGGGCGAGCGCCGGGCGCGGCGGGAUAUCCGAUAUCGCUUCCGCAGCACUUUACAAAAGGCAGAUCUCGUCCACAGUGUUCCCGGGCAUCAGGAACUUCCAGCCGCACUCGAUAUCACUCGCUUCUCCUUCCCGACGACUGUAUUCGACAGCCACAGUACACGCACCAAGCACCUUCUCCUCGCGCUUCAAAGACCACUUCUACUUCCAUCCGAUCGCCUGGUUCGGCUUCGCCAUCGCUUCCACCAUCGCCGGCGCCGCAUUUGUAGUCAUGUCCGCCGCCGACUUCAUCGCAUACUCGGACGAGGAGUCGCUGCAGCGCUUCACCCCGUCCGCACCAAAACAAGUCGAGAUCGAAGAGACCAUCAACAACCACCCACUGGCGAUCUCGCUGCGGUCGAAGCCGGAGUUCACCGAGUCUCGCCCAACACUGAAGGUCCAUGAGCAGUACCGCACCGCAUCACUCACCUCUGGCGCGCUCGCCGGCCCGGGCAAGAUCGAAGUCCCGCCCUACGUCUGGUCCGAGGAGGGCGGCAAGUCGCUCGUGUCGAUACUGUAUCUCGGCCCCGAGCUGUGCGGAUACCCCGGGCUCAUUCACGGCGGAAUGCUGGCGACGCUGCUAGACGAGGGGCUCGCGAGAUGCUGCUUCCCCGCGCUGCCGAACAAGAUCGGCAUGACGGCGAAUCUGACCAUCAACUACCGCAAGCCCAGCCCGGCAGAGUCGUUUGUCGUGCUGAAGGCGAAGACGGUGAAGGUCGAGGGACGCAAGGCGUGGGUUGAGGGGCAUAUCGAGACGCUGGCGCAGGAUGGACAGGAGCCGGUCGUGCUCGUCGAGGCGUCGGCGUUGAUGAUUGAGCCUAAGCAGGCGAAGGUUCGUGGACUCUCUCUUCCUCAGCAGUGAAUCCCGCUGACACUAGGCUAUGUUCUAGAUGAUGGCACCUUUGGUUCCCCUGAAAUAGUGUAGAGGCGUUGUUCCUU